AUGGGCCUUUCUAAAGAAUGUUUGCAGUCAAAAUUUGUUGGGAUGAGCACCGAUGUUGAAAAUUAUGUUGGUCGUUCAACAAGAAAUAUCUGGUGUGCAUGUCACCGAUCAGACUUAGCAAUGGAAGAUGUGAUGAGGUAAUAAUAAUAAUAAAUUAAUAAUAAUAAAAUAAUGAUUACAAUAUUCCAUUAGGAAGUCCACUCACAAAAGAGAUUUUAAGUGAAGCCCUGAGCAAAAAAAGAUAAAAAAAUAAAUUAUAAGGCUAUAUUAAUGUUAACAUUUAUAAUGUCUUAGGUUGGUACCUGAACUGAAAAUCUGGCUUUCCAAUGUAACGGGAGUAGCUACUUAUUACCGCACAUCAGGCCUAAGGACUAAGGAGUUGAAGACCAUAAAACCAGACAUGAGAAGUUUUCCUCCUCAUCAUGAGGUAAGGUUUGCUCAACAUCUUGUUCAAAUUUGUGGAGCGAUACUAUUCAAUUUAGAUGGAUGUUUAAAGCACUGGCAAAAGAUUUGUGAUGCUCCUCGAGAAUAUAAUACCAAGGAGGUAUCGUGUGCAAAAGGAUUUUUAAAGUUGUGGCAACCAACAGGAGUGCAAGCAUGGCUAACUGCUGUUAUGGUGGACACAUGCUGUAUUUUCAGAUAUAUUGAAAAAGAAGCCCAGAAGCCUGGCAUUAUCAUUCCUGAUAUCUUGAAGUACAGAGAUACUGCCUUGCAAAAACUUGAUAUAAUGCAAACAGAGCCAUAUCCAGGUAAAAUAUAUAUAGUUAGUAAGUUACUUUGUUUAUAGAAAACAAAUUGAACUCACUCUUAUUUGAGUUCUUUAACAAAGGUGUAUUAUUCAUUACAUUGUAUGUUAUUUUACUGCACAUAGGUGGGCAGGAGGAGUUAUUAACAAAGAAGAUUGCAGAACUGCAUCCAGAGAAUGAUGAAGCAGUGGAUAAUACACCAAGAAGGACACACAACACCAAUGUGACAACGUUUCGUAGAGGAAAACAACCUAUCAGGCAAGAGGUUAUUGAUUCUUCAAGGAAUUUUCUCCAGGUAAAAUGAGAUAAAUAGGUAAUCUCAUAUCUGUUUAGCAAUCAGGUCACACCAUAUAAAGUUUUUAAUUACUAUUACCUAUAUUUUUUAUGUAUAUCAUUAUCAUGUUUAGACCAGGCUCAACGAGGAACAAACAGAAAUUGUAACAACCAUUAUCAACUUGACCUCAGCAAAACGUGCAAUUGAAUUCAUCAACAUUGCAUUACCUCAACUUGAAUCAAGUGGAAUCAGUGAUAAACAAGCAUUUAUUGAUGCAGUUUUAGAAAAUUUUACGGAAAUGCUUCCUGAUACACAUAUUCCUGCAAGAGACUAUGGUGUGAGACUCUACCAAAUGCUAAGGGGCAGCAAACAACCUGUGACCAAGUUUUUGUCAGGUUUUUGUGUUCUCUGCCCUCACAGUAUGACGGUGGAAAGAUGUGUGUCAACGUACAACAUGUUAUUCUCCAACCUGAGAAUGGCCACAUCUGAAAAAACAUUGAAUGAUAGGCUAUUGAUUCACUGGAAUGGAGUGCCAACAUCUCAGUUUGACCCCAGUCCUAUGGUGCAAGAAUUUCUACAGAAAAAACAGAGGCGAAUGAAUCUUCCUAAUCUGAGUUCAUAUGCGGAACGUGACUUCGUAAAGAAGUUUUUUACAUCGGACUGCUGA